CAGCAUUUCGCUGCAUCUCUACUCAGCUGUUUCAAAGACCGAUCAAGUUAUAAGAAUUUGUUGCUGCCGGAAAAACUAUUAUUAAAAUGAUGCAACAAUCCAAGCGCAUGCUGCUGCCCCUGUUGAACGGCCUGCGAAAUGUGCCGGCACGCAGUGCAACCACAACGACGGCGGCGGCGCCCGCCAAAAUUGAAAAAACGGUCAACACGGUAACCAUUUUGGGACGCGUUGGGGCCGAUCCGCAGUUACGCGGUUCCCAGGAGCAUCCGGUGGUCACGUUCUCCGUAGCCACACACACCAACUACAAAUACGAAAAUGGCGACUGGGCUCAGCGGACAGACUGGCAUCGCGUGGUGGUAUUCAAGCCCAAUCUGCGCGACACCGUUCUGGAAUACCUGAAGAAGGGCCAACGCACCAUGGUGCAGGGAAAGAUCACCUAUGGAGAGAUCACUGACCAGCAGGGCAAUCAGAAGACCAGCACCAGCAUCAUUGCCGACGAUGUGCUCUUCUUCCGCGAUGCCAACAACUAGGAUAGAAGUCUACCCCAACCUAAUCUUAAGCACAAAGUUGAACUUGCAGCAUUGUAUGCAUUUAGAAUAUAUUGGAUAUAUAUUGUGUUACCAAACGUCAGAUUACAUGCCUAGAGUUUUGUACAUCUAA